GCGCAAAGCUCCUUUCUACCCGCCUCGCGGGGCGCAGGGCCCCUUGGUCGGUAGCGGCUGAGGAGGCAGUGCGGGAGGAUAGCGUUGUGUUUAAAAUGGAAGUUGACAUAAGUGGGGAGUCCAGAACUACCAUAUCCACCCUUCCUAUGCCUCUUGCAGAAGUGAGUCCUGUGGGCAGGAUGGAAGCAGAGAAGCCACGCUGUUCCAGUACCCCCUGCUCACCAAUGCGACGGACAGUUGCGGGAUAUCAAAUCCUGCACAUGGAUUCUAACUACCUGGUUGGCUUCACAACUGGAGAGGAGCUGCUAAAAUUAGCCCAGAAGUGUACAGGAAGUGAAGAGAAUAAAGGGGAAUCUGGGCCAAACUUGCACUCCAAACAGCUUGAUUCAGGACUUACACGUUCCUCCCGUUUGUACAAAACUAGAAGUAGGUACUAUCAGCCAUAUGAGAUCCCAGCAGUAAAUGGAAGGAGGAGGAGAAGGAUGCCGAGCUCAGGGGAUAAAUGCACUAAGGCUUUACCAUAUGAACCUUACAAGGCACUUCAUGGUCCCCUGCCUCUUUGCCUUUUAAAAGGUAAACGGGCUCAUUCGAAAUCCCUGGACUACCUCAAUUUAGACAAAAUGAGCAUUAAGGAACCUGCUGACACGGAAGUGCUACAAUACCAGCUCCAACACCUCAACCUCAGAGGGGACCGUAUGUUUGCAAGAAAUAGCACAUGAGCUAUCAUCAACUUGAAUUUAGAACCGAUUUCUAGUUAUUUCUGUUGCUGCAAAAAUCCACUGUUGUACUGUGUACAUGACUAUCCACAUUGUAUGUGGUUGUAUCAGCUAAAUGUUAUCAGAAAGUAAUAUAUUUGAAUAGAAUCUUGGAAAUGGCAAUGUGUUAAAAAUAUGUGGAGGGAGAAAUCUUUCCUAAGAAAGCAGCUUCUGACACAAAUUUGACUUCAACUGGUGGAUAUUUUCUUUGAACACCUUUUAACAAAAAAAAAAAACAACACCUUUUGAUUGUGGGGUUUGGGAUUGGUUUUUUGUUUUUUUUUUUUUUUUACAGUUUGAGCUGGUAUUUCCAGUAAUUUAACACUGAAAAAAUGGUGAUGUCUGCUUGGUUGUUGCUGAUUUUGGCCUGAUGUUAGAAACUGCUCUUGGAAAAGUGCUUAAGUUUAGGAGGUUUUUUGGUUUGACUUUCUGUUCCUGUAUUCUACAGUAAAACAUACGUAUUUAUUUUUUCUUUUCACAUGGAGAGGAAAAGUGAGCUUGGUUAAAUAAGAUCACUUCUGUUUAAACAAUUAAGUUCAAACAUUUUCAGACUGCACUUACAAUGGUGAUGAGGGUGAGAUUAACUCAGAGCAAACCUUUGCUACUUGAAUCCUAUUAAAUGAUUUUUUAUUUUUUUUUUGUUUGUUUGUUUGUUUCUGUGUGGAAGUAGUUGCUUUGCCUCCUCUGUUCUAUAUAAAACUUGUUCAGGAUAAGUAUUUGAGUCAUUAGAAAAAAAUCCUUUGGGGAGUAAAGAUUUUUUUUUUUGUAAGUGGGAUUUAUUUUUCACAUUGU